AAGUAUCUGUGCUUGGGGUAGAGGAGUGUUUAGCUCCUUUCUUCUUUCUACUUUGCUCCUACUUUUCUCUGAGUCAACAUGAGUCGACAGUUUAGUUCCAGGUCUGGGUACCGGAGCGGAGGGGGCUUCAGCUCUGGCUCUGCUGGGAUAGUCAGCUUCCAGCGCAGGACCACUGGCAGCUCCACACGCCGCAGCGGAGGAGGUGGUGGGAGAUUUUCAGGUGGAUUCUGUGGUGGUGGAGGUGCUGGUGGCGGUUUUGGAAGUCGGAGUCUUGUUAACCUUGGUGGUAGUAAAAGCAUCUCCAUAAGUGUGGCUAGAGGAGGUGGACGUAGUGGCUUUGGUGGUGGUUAUGGUGGUAGCGGCUUUGGUGGUGGCAGCUUUGGUGGUGGCGGUGGCUUUGGUGGCGGUGGCUUUGGUGGUGGUUUUGGCAGUGGUGGUGGUUUUGGCAGUGGAGGUGGUUUUGGUGGAGGUGGUUUUGGGGGUGGUGGAUAUGGGGGUGGUUUUGGGCCUGUCUGCCCCCCUGGUGGCAUACAGGAAGUCAGUAUCAACCAGAGCCUUUUGCAACCCCUAAAUGUGGAGAUCGACCCUGAGAUCCAAAAAAUAAAGUCUCGAGAAAGGGAGCAAAUCAAGUCACUCAACAACCAAUUUGCCUCCUUCAUUGACAAGGUGAGGUUCCUGGAGCAGCAGAACCAGGUGUUGCAAACAAAAUGGGAGCUGCUGCAGCAGAUAGAUACCACCACUAGAACCCACAAUUUAGACCCCUACUUUGAGACACAUAUCAACAAUCUUAGAAGGAAAGUGGACCAACUGAAGAGUGACCAAUCUCGGAUGGACACAGAACUAAAGAACAUGCAAGACCUGGUGGAAGAUUACAGGAACAAGUAUGAGGAUGAGAUCAACAAGCGAACAAAUGCAGAGAAUGAAUUUGUGACCAUCAAGAAGGAUGUGGAUGCUGCUUAUAUGAACAAGGUGGAGCUUCAGGCCAAAGCUGACAACCUGCAGCAGGAUAUUGAUUUCUUCUCAACACUCUUCCAAGUGGAGUUGUCUCAGAUGCAGACUCAAAUCAGCGAAACCAAUGUUAUCCUCUCCAUGGACAACAACCGCAACCUUGACCUAGAUAGCAUCAUUGCUGAGGUCAAGGCCCAGUAUGAGGAUAUCACCCAGAGGAGCAAGGCUGAGGCUGAGACCUUGUACCAGACCAAGUAUGAAGAGCUGCAGAUUACUGCUGGCAAACACGGUGACAGCGUGAAAAAUUCAAAGAUGGAGAUUUCUGAGCUGAAUCGGAUGAUCCAGAGACUUAGAUCUGAAAUUGACAGUGUUAAGAAGCAGAUCUCUGGCUUGCAGCAGUCCAUCAGCGAUGCUGAGCAGCGUGGUGAGAAUGCUCUCAAAGAUGCUCAGAACAAGCUGAAUGAGCUAGAGGAGGCCCUGCAGCAGUCCAAGGAGGACCUGGCCCGCCUGCUACGUGACUACCAGGAGCUGAUGAACACCAAGCUGGCCCUGGAUAUGGAGAUCGCCACCUACAGGACCCUCCUGGAAGGAGAGGAAAGCAGGAUGUCUGGCGAGUGUGCCCCGAACGUGAGCGUGUCUGUGAGCACCAGCCACACCACCAUCAGUGGAGGUGGUGGCCGAGGAGGCGGAGGUUUCGGCUCUGGCGGCGGCGGUGGCAGUGGUAGCUACGGCUCUGGAGGUGGCAGUUAUGGUUCUGGAGGUGGCGGCGGCGGCAGCUAUGGCUCCGGAGGUGGUGGUGGCGGCCGCGGCAGCUACAGUUCCGGAGGCAGCAUUGGGGGCCACAGAGGUGGUUCUGGAGGGGGUGGUGGGAGCUCUGGAGGCUCCUCGGGAGGCCGGGGAUCCAGCUCUGGGGGUGCCAAGAUCUCUGGGGGCAGUUCCAGCGUGAAGUUUGUUUCCUCCAGUUAUCCCCGAGGAAGCAGAUAGAGAGGUGCUCUCUAUCCCGUGAGCUCUCCGUCUCCAUCACUACCAAAUAUACUUGGCAAGACCAAGGUCAAUUGUACCAGCCUUAUUGGAGAAAAGAGCUAUGUUAGUUAUGCUGGUGCAUCCUAUUUCCCCAGCUCUUUCUUUUCUGCUCUGCUUCCCAAAGAAGUUUUCAGAUCAGUGGCAAUCUCAGUACCCUGGCUAUGACCUACUUUCUGCUUUGCCUGAGAAACAGUUCAGUAGUUACAACCGCACACAUGACGUUUCAAAGCACCUCCUUAAGCCAGCCAGAGAAAGGCCAGUUAGAUCCAGGGUUUCUUUGCUGUGAUGGAUCAGAGUACAUGCUCUGGACAGCUCCUUAGUAUUCUAUCUCUGUGCAGCUUUGGUUUGUACAUAAGGUGUAAGCAAGUUGUUUGUCUUUUGUGGAGAUGUCUUAAACUCCCCAUUUCCUUGUUUUGCUGCAAUAAACUGCAUUUGAAAUUC